UGGAGGAGGGAUUGGUGGGUGGGAAGAUGUGGAGGAGAAGAGGAGAUCAGGAAUUGGGGUGGAGGAUGGGUGAAUUACGAAGGAGGGUGGGUGGCCAGAAGGAAAAUGGGAAUGGUCGCAAAUUCAACGAAUUGGAAUUCCGAGGCGAGGGUGAUGGAUACUGGGGACGAAGAAAGGUAAAUGAUGUGGGAGAGAAAAAAAAAGGCGCCGAGGGAACCUGGAAGCGACCUCGGUCAAGCCUCGAUUUCUUCCACUUUGGCGUGACGUUGUUGAAAAGAAGGAAAGAGGGUGUGGAAUUGUGAGGUUGUGUUCGUUGUGAACG